UGGCUUCAAAAGCACAAUUCAUCGUUCCCUUGAGCUAAUAAUUUUGCACUUAUAUUCCUGCCUUUACUUGGAUUCUGUCGCAAAAGGCAAAUACAUAGCAUCUUGAGCAGUUGAGCAAUUGAGCUAUCAUACAAAAGCAAGCGAAGGUAGAAGAGAUCAGUUAUGAUGAGCAAUUCCAAACAAAAGAAGAAAUUGAAGGCACACAAGAAAAAGGAUGAAUGGUUGAAGGACAUGAGGGGUAACCUAAGUUUGCUGGCUACCGUAAUUGCAACUAUGACCUUUCAGAGUGCUAUUAAUCCACCAGGUGGCAUUAGGCCAGCAAGUGAAACUGGAGAAAUCACAUGUCCAGAUACAAGCAAAAACAUUACGGUUCCAUGCCCUGGAGAAGCUGUCCUAUCUGUUCUUAAAGCAGACACCUACAACAGCUUCCUUUAUUGUAACACAAUAUGUUUUGCUUCAUCUUUAGCUGUUUGUCUCUUGCUUGUGAGUGGACUCCCUCUUAAUAACCGAUUCUUCAUCUGGUUCUUCUCAAUAUGCAUGUGCAUCACCCUCACUGCCCUCACCCUUACCUACUUAUAUGGUUUGCAAAUGGUCACCCCAAACGACGUUUGGGAUAAUUCAUUAUUCAGCAUGGUUGGAGUCGUUAUUUUUAUUUGGAUCAUACUUCUAGGAAUCGUCGUAAUUUUCCUCUCCCUACGCCUACUUUUUUGGAUUGUCACUAAAUGCCGGAAUAAAAAACAAACUGAACAAGGAGAAGAUCAAAACCAAAGUAAACAAGAAGAUCCAAAACAAAGUACAGGAGAAGAUGCAACCUAGUUCUGCUCAUCCAUCAGGCCAUGCAUCGCAUAUCAACCUUCCUUACUUGUGGACUAUUUUACAUUGUUAAGCAAUAUUAUUAAUCAUACAUAAAUAAACAAAUUUGUCUUUAGUGUACGUCUCAUAGCAGAUUUGAUUUUUCAACUUUCAUAUUAUUGUAUAAUGCUUUGUUGGGUAUAUAAAUAAUUUUGUAGUUUUGAACUCUGUA